AUGGACACUUGGCCACCUCACAUGCUGUCAAGGUGUGUCACCUUGGAACCGGAGAACCGUGAGGAUGUGGCCUUGUUGGCUCUGACGCAGGCCUUGUUGAUCAAUUUCGUGCGGUGCUCUGUGCUCACGCGGAUCAACUUCAAGGGACGAGUGCAUGCUGCGAAGUGGAGCCCCAAUGGCAAAUGGCUGGUGGUAAGCCAUGCACGAAAAACCAUGCUUUGGAGGACGCCAACCGUUGAGCUUGGAUGGCAGUUUGUCAAAGAGAAAGUGGUGGCCGGUCAUCACGAUGACGUGGUGGACUUCGCUUGGACCUCCAACUCGAAGUUCUUCGCCUCGAGUUCCAAGGAUUGGCUGACGUGCGGCUGUUUUGGUUCAGACGGCACGGUGCGCCUUUGGUGCACGGAGUACUUGGAGGACUUUCAGCCCAUGGCCUUGCUGGAGCACCGAAGCCCCGUGCGUGCGGUCUUCUUCUCGGAGGACCCGCAGGGGGUCCAGAGAUGGGGUGCUGGACACCUGGCUGAAUCUGCUCGUUCUGAACUGGUGAUGUUUCUAGAGCAGGUCGCUGCCAAGUACACCUUGAAGGAGGACACCACGGCUGACGAUGAGGAGAUUCACUUCUAUUGCCGGCCUGGCAAAUGGGCGGUGGAAUCCAAGGCCUAUUGCCAGCAGCCCAUGUACAACAAAGUCACACGCUGUGAUUUCGACCGCCAGUCCCGACUGCUGGCAGUGGGCUUCAGUUUAGGCGUCCUCAUGCUGUUUGAGAUGCCAUCACUACAAGCGCUCCAGACCUUGAGCUUGGGCCAGGAGGCACUGGAUGCCGUGCGCUUGGGGGCCAAGGGUGACUGGCUUGCAGUUGGAUCUGGCGCGGUGGGUCAGCUCCUGGUUUGGGAAUGGCGCUCCGAAACCUAUGUGCUGAAGCAACAAGGGCACCACUGGGGUGUGAAGUGCUGCGCCUUUUCCCCGGGCGCUGUGACCUUAAAGCGCGGCAAGGCACAGGGCGAGGCCUUGGCCAGCAACGAAGCUCGCCCGGAGGAGCGGAGCAGCGCCCUGGGUGGACGGCUCUUAGCCACAGGUGGCUAUGAUGGAAAGGUGAAGCUCUUCAAUGCACAAAGUGGCCUUUGCUUCGUCACCUUUGCCGAACACACGGCGCCCGUGCAGCAGGUGUGUUUCACGCCUCAAGGCAAUGCGGUGCUGAGCGCCUCCGCGGACGGCUCGGUGCGUGCCUUCGACCUGCUCCGCUACCGGAACUUCCGCACCUUCGCGUCGCCGGACGGGCUGUGCCAGUUCUCCAGUUUGGCCGUGGAUUCUGGGGGUGAGAUUGUGGCAGCCAGCGCCAAAGGCGGGAAGUAUGCCAUCUAUGUGUGGUCCAUCCAGACAGGGAACAUCCUUGAAGUCCUCACUGGCCAUACAUCUCACGUUCAAGCCUUGCACUUCUCCCCCUCUGCGGCGCACCCUGGGCAGCUGGUGAGCGGCAGUUGGGAUGGCACCUUGAACGUGUGGGACCUCUAUGCGGGCACCCGCGGUGGUGCGGCAGAGGCGCUGCAGUGCUCCUCAAGCGUUCUAUGCGUUUCUUUCGACCCCCGCGGCAAUGACCUUCUAGCGGCGAGCUGCCUCUCUGGACAAAUUCUUUUCUGGAACGUGACCACGGCACAGACGGUGGGCUCGAUCGACGGGCUGCGGGAUAUUCAGAGCGCCCGGCAGUGGCAUGACAUGUUUUCAGCCAUCAACGCCAGAGGCGUCAAAGCUGGACGUGGCAUGCGCAAACGCAAUCCCACAGAUGGGCUGAACUUCAAUCAGCAUUACAAUUCGAUAGCCUAUGCCAAAAGUGGCGAACUGCUCCUGUGCUCUUCGCAGAAUUCGCCUUCGGUCUCGCUCUAUGAUACCACAUCAUAUGCAUUGACCUCCAGGGUGACACUGACUAGCAACCGGAGCUUGAGUGGAGUUCAGGCAUUCCUGAACAGUAAGUUCAUGACAGAGGCUGGCAUCUCCUGGAAGCAGUACGACCUGUCAGACAGUGAGGCAGAUGACCUCCAAGUCUUCAAGGAACAGGAGCGGCGGCGGAAAGCACUUGCCUUGCCAGGCGUCUCGGUUGGAGAAGCCAAAGAUGCCUACUCCGACAAGGAGCUUCAUCUUUGGAGUGUUGCCUUCAGUGCUGAUUCCCAGCAGUUUGCGGUGGCCACCACUCAUGGGGUCUUCGUGUACAGCCAGGAUGCUGGUGGCAUCGCGGGCAUCUCCGGCGGGAUCUAUGGCGGUGACAGUCGCUUCGUGCCGCAGAUCCUGACCAAAGCGGUGUCCGCACCGGCGGUGCUGAAGGCCUUGGAGGACGGCGAGAUCUCCAAGGCAAUGAUCCUGGCUCUGGCACUGAACGACUAUGCCCUGUUGCGAAAGGUCUAUGAGCAGGUCCCCGUGUCCUCCAUCGAGCUGGUGGUCGCUUCGAUCGGUGCUCCCUUGCUGCCGGCGCUGCUGCGGUUUUUGAGCCUUGAGCUGAAGCCUCAGACAGGGACGCCACAUUAUCAGUUCCACGUGCUUUGGAUCUCCUCUUUGAUCGAUCUCCACUUCCAGACCUUGCUUGAGACCCUUGGACAUGUGAACCGGAAUGGGGUGGGAGAUGCUGGGAAUUUGGACACACCUGGGACGCUGGAGGGGCUACAGUGGAAAGAACCUGGGGCAACUUCGGGUCAGCUUGCGAUUCUCAGCUUGAGGAGGGUGUUGAAAAGACAGCUAUAUAGCUGCCUAGCUUAG